CUUCAACUAAUUAAGCAAGUUUAAGCUUAAAAGAAGAUCAAGGAAGUAAAUUUUUUCAAAGAAAAAGGAAGAAAAGAAUAAAGUAAAAAGAAAAGAAAAGUUGUAAAGAAGCCAAGAUGGGUUCCAAACUGAUUGCAGGAGCUACGUGCCUUUUAUUCUUGUUGCUAUCAGUAAGUAAAGCACAAGGUGCAAUAUUUGGUACAAAAAAAUUUGAUGUAAAAAAAUAUGGAGCAAAGGCAGAUGGCAAAACAGAUGAUAGCCAGGCUAUAAAUAGUGCCUGGCAAGAUGCAUGUGAAUCCAAGAUCGCAAGCACGGUUGUGAUAGGAAAAGGGAAGUACAUGGUUGGUCCUGUGAAGUUUCAGGGUCCCUGCAAAAAUCCAAUAACUGUUAAAGUCCAAGGAAACAUCAAGGCUCCAGUGGACAUCGACCGAUUCCAGUUACAAGAUGGUUGGAUCGUUUUCAAAAAUAUUAAUGGAUUACAGGUUUUUGGAGGUGGAACAUUUGAUGGGCAAGGAUCUAUUCAUUGGUCCAAAUAUAAUUGUGUAAGGACCGGAAGAUGCAAAUCACUACCAAGUAACAUAAGAUUCACAUCUCUCAGCAACUCAGAGAUCCAAGAAAUAACCUCACUAAACAGCAAGUUUUACCACAUGACUGUUUUCAACUGCAACAAUAUUACCCUUGAAAAUGUUGUGAUCAAUGCACCAGAAACCAGCCUAAACACAGAUGGAAUUCACGUCGGUCGAUCGACUGAAGUGAAGAUCACUGGUGCCAAAAUCAAAACUGGGGAUGAAUGUGUCUCUAUUGGAGAAGGUAGCCAGCAAGUAGCCAUUGAGAGAGUGACCUGUGGACCUGGCCAUGGCAUUAGCAUUGGAAGUCUUGGCAGAUAUCACGACGAACAGCCAGUUGUUGGAGUUAAAGUAAGGAAUUGUAGACUUACAAGCACCACAAAUGGUAUCAGGAUUAAAACUUGGCCAGCUUCUCCGACCGGUAUUGCCUCGAAUUUGCAUUUUGAGGACAUAACUAUGAACAAUGUCAGCAAUCCAAUUCAUAUCAACCAACAAUACUGCCCUUAUAAUAAAUGUCAGGCAAAGAUUCCCUCGCGUGUCAAGAUCCACAGCGUCAGCUUCAAGAAUAUCCGGGGAACAUCUGCGACGAAACUUGCAGUGAAACUAAUAUGUAGCAAAGGCGUGCCCUGCCAGAAUGUGUCCCUUGGGAACAUUAAUCUGAAAUACAACGGAUCACAGGACAAAACUACGUCAGAAUGUGUUAAUGUGAAGCCCAGGAUCCUUGGGAAAAUGGUUCCACCUGGCUGUGUCACGUCUGUAUGAAAAAAAAAAAAGAAGUCCUCUAAGAUGCCAGUUAGUAACAUUUUUAAAGAGGCAAGGUUUAUGCUUUAUCUUGCAAAGGAGCGGUUUGGGAUUUGGGAAAGGUUCAUAGUUGCUUAGGAAAUUUAGAUAAUCUGAGAAUUUUGCUUUGUUUUAUUCUUUUCUGCUAUAUCCAUGAGGGAUAUACAAUAAAAGAUAAAAUAUGAGUUCUUUCGCCAAGUUCAGAAUUUGCUUCAGAGCUUAAUACAGAGCACACGAGUUUUAUUUU